AUGGCAUCCAAUACAACUCAGAUUCAAAUGAAUUCUCUUAAUAUUACUACUAUUUCUCAACCACCUUCUUCUAAUAGACGUCAAAAUUCAAGUGUGAAUCUGGAUAGACGAAAUACGUCCAUUCCAGAUAGAACUGAACCAACAGUAUUAAUGCUAAAAGAGACUCCUUUAGACGUAAUAAAUUCACCUAUUGCUGCCAUUGUCUUAUGUCUUUUCACGUGUAUUGCAACGAUAAGCGGUGUUAUUAUAGUAUGUUUAACUGCAUCGAAAUCACAAGCUACACCAUGUGGAUUAAAUUUUUCACCAACAUCAAUCAAUCCAGUAGAAUAUAAAUAUGGUCCAAGAUCUAUUGCGGUUGCUGAUCUUAAUAAUGAUACAUGGUUAGAUUUAGUUACUGCUGAUUCGAAUGUUAAUAAUAUCGCUAUUUAUUUUGGAAAUAAAAAUGGAACUUUCAUAAAACAAAAUGAAUAUUCAACUGGUGCGAAUUCUAUUCCAUAUAUGGUUGCUAUUGGUGAUCUUAAUAAUGAUCAUCAAUUAGAUAUUGUAGUUACGAAUAUUGGUACAAAUAAUAUUCGAAUAUUUCUUGGAUCAGGAAAUGGAUCAUUUAUUAAUUAUAAAGAUAUUUCAACCGAUUCAUCUCGUCCAAUAUUUAUUAAUUUAGUUGAUUUUAAUAAUGAUACAUUACUUGAUAUGAUUAUAAUUAAUUAUGGAAUGAAUAGUAUAAGUAUAUUUUAUUCAUCGGGAAAUGGUACAUUUUUAAAUCCAUUAAUGUAUUCAACUGGUUAUGAUUCAUCGUCAUCAUCAUUAAUUACUGGAGAUUUUAAUAAUGAUCAUUAUUUAGAUAUUGCUAUAACAAAUUAUGGAACAAAUAAUAUUCAAAUUUUAUUUGGAAAUCAUGAUAGAAGUUUAAGUAAUAAAAUAAUUAUUUCGACUGGUAUUAAUUCACAUCCAUCAUCGAUAACUGUUGGUUAUUUUAAUAAAGAUGCUUUUCUUGAUAUUGCUAUUACCAAUUAUGGAACUAAAACUAUUGGUGUCUUCAUAAAUAAUGGGAAUGGAAAUUUCCCAAAUCAAACUAUUUAUCCGAUCGAUUCUACUUCACCAUAUUCAAUUGAUGUGGGUGAUUUUAAUCAAGAUAAUCAUAUGGAUUUAUCUUUUAUCAGUAUUGGUGGUAAAAAUACUGGUUUACUUCUGGGGUAUGGGGACGGUUCUUUUUCCAGUGCAAGAAUGAAUUCAACUGGAUCAUUAUCUUCGGUAUCAUUUGCUAUUUGUGAUUUUAAUAAAGAUAAUCGAUUGGAUAUGAUUGUUGUUAAUAAUGAUACUGGAAGUAUAGAUAUUCUUAUUGGUUAUUUUGAAGGUUAUUCUAAUCCAGCGAUGUAUACAACUGGUUCUUCACCACGAUCUAUAGUUGUUGGUGAUUUUAAUAAGGAUGGUAUACUUGAUUUAGUUGCUGCUAAUCAUUUUGGUAAUACAAUCAGUAUUCUUGUUGGAUAUGCAAAUGGUUCUUUUGAAAAGGAAAAGGUAUAUCCCAGUGGUAAUCAUUCAUGGUCUAUGGCUAGUGGUGAUUUUAAUAAUGACAAUCAAUUAGAUAUUAUUCUCGUCUGUUAUGAUAACAAUGAUGUAAAUGUCUAUCUCGGUUAUGGUAAUGGUUCGUUUGCACAUCGUAUAGAAUUUUCAACUGGUUCAUUUCGUGAUUUUGUAGCUGUAGGAGAUUUUAACAAUGAUAAACAAUUGGACAUCGUUGUCGCGUAUUCUAUAAGUAAUAAUAUGAGUGUACUAUUUGGAUAUGGGAACGGUUCGUUUACUAAUCAAACAACCUAUGAAACUGGUUAUCAACCCUAUGCAAUAGUUGUUGGAGAUUUCAAUAAUGAUAUGAAUUUCGAUAUGGUUAUUGCUAAUUAUGGCGACAAUACCAUUAGUGUUAUUCUCGGAUAUGGUAAUGGAUCUUUUACAAAUCAGACAACCUAUUUAACUGGUUCGAAACCAUACUGCUUAGCUAUGGGUGAUUUCAAUAACGACAAACAAUUAGAUAUCGUUGUAGGCAGUUAUUAUAGUUUUAAUGUAGGUGUUUAUCUUGCAUAUGGGAAUGGUUCUUUUACACAACAAAUUACAUUUUCAGCUGGUAAUAGUCCAACAUCUUUAGCUAUUGCUGAUGUCAAUAAUGAUACUCGACAAGAUAUUAUUAUUGCCAGUAUUAAUCUUGCAAGUGUACUUGUUCUUUGUGGAGAUGGUACUGGUAAUUUUCCAAAUAAUAUGUUAUUCAAUACUGGCGCUCCUGCAUACUCUGCAGCUGUUGGUGAUUUCAAUAAUGAUGCUCGAGUCGAUAUUGUCGUUGGUAAAAAUGAUAGUAAUACUGUUAGUAUAAUAUUGCAGUUUAACCGAGGAGCACUUGAAUAUGAAAUGAAUUAUGCAUCUGGUGGUGGUUCUAGUUUACGAUCAUUUGCCAUUGCUAAUCUAAAUAAUGAUACUCAUUCAGAUAUUAUUGUUGCUAAUUAUGGUACUGACGACGUUGGUAUUCUUUUUGGGUAUGGAAAUGGUACUUUUAUGCAACAGAUCAUGUUUGACAUGGGUUCAAAUUCUCGUCCAUCAUCCAUCUCUAUGAAUGAUUUCAAUGGUGAUACUUAUUUAGAUAUUGCUGUAGCAAAUUAUGGUACACAAAAUCUAGGAAUGUUACUCGGAAACGGAAAUGGUUCGUUUGCAAUUCAAACAAAUUAUUUAGAUAAUAUGAUUUUUAAUCCUAUUACUAUUGUUUCUGGUAAUUUUAACGAUGAUAAUCGAUCCGAAGUUGUUGUUGCAUAUGAUAGAAGUGAUAAUGUUGAUAUAUUUAUUUCAUACAAUACUGGAUCCUUUAUAAAUCGACAGAUAUUUCCAACGGGUUCAGUUCCAUUUGCGAUAGUUGCAGGUGAUUUUAAUAACGAUCAUCAAUUGGAUAUAGUUACUGCCAAUUCUAAUGAUAAUACCGUUAGUGUACUUCUUGGGUAUCGAAAUGGUUCUUUCACAAGUCAAGUAAUAUAUGCAACUGGUUCUAAUCCAUAUUCUGUAGCAGUUGGUGAUUUCAAUAAUGACACCUACUUAGAUAUCGUUGUUAGCAAUGGUGGUAGUAACACCGUUAGUGUACUUCUUGGGUAUGGUAAUGGAUCUUUUACCGAUCAAAUAACAUAUUUAACUGGUCCUUAUCCAUAUUCGAUAGGGGUCGGUGAUUUUAAUAACGACAGUCGACUAGAUCUUGUUGUUGUCAAUGCUGAUAAUAGUUCAGUUAGUGUACUUGUUGGCUAUGGGAAUGGUUCAUUUGCAAAUGAAAUUCGAUAUUCAACUGGCUAUGAGCCACGAUCUAUAGCUGUUGGUGAUUUUAAUAACGACGAUCGAUUAGAUAUUGUUGUUUCUAAUUUAAAUGAUAAUACCGUUAGUGUUCUUCUUGGAUAUGGCAAUGGUACGUUUGCAACACAAAUGAUUUAUUUAACUGAUGCAACUCCACAAUUUGUAACUGUUGGUGAUUUCAACAACGAUAAUCGACUUGAUAUUGUUGCUGCUACUUUAGGUGUAAAUACAAUGACUGUCCUUCUCGGAUAUGGCAAUGGAUCUUUUCAAAUGAAAAAAUCGUAUCCAACUGGUGUACUUCCAUUAUCUAUUGGUACUGGUGACUUUAAUAAUGAUACUCACUUGGAUAUUCUAAUUAUCAAUUAUAGUAGCAACGAUUUUAGUAUCUUUCUUGGGUAUGGGAAUGGAUCUUUUAAUACUCAAAUCCAAUAUUCAACUGGUUCUUCACCAGCAUCUGCAGCUAUCGGUGAUUUCAACAAUGACAGCCUGCUCGAUGUUGUUGUUGCUGAUUCACAAGAUAACAAUAUCAUGAUAUUAUUUGGAAGUAUCAAUGAAAAUUUUAUAAAAUAUACGACGCUUCCAAUUAUAAACGGUUCUCAACCACAAUCUUUUGCUAUUGGUGAUUUGAAUAAUGAUACGUAUAUGGAUAUUGUUAUUGCUAAUUUUGCUAUUAAUACGAUUGGAAUUUGUCUUGGAUAUGGUAAUAUCUCUUUUUCAAAUCAAACAACAUAUUCUACUGGAUUCAAUUCUUUACCAUCUAGUAUCGCACUUGGUCAUUUCAAUAAUGAUACUAUACUCGAUAUUGUUGUUACCAAUUCCGGUUCUGAUAAUAUCGGUAUAUUUCUUGGAUUUGGCAAUGGUUCGUUUGGAAAUCAAACAACUUAUUCAACGGGUUCAUCUUCACGUCCAUAUUUUGUCACUGUUGGUUAUAUUAACAACGAUGCUAAACUUGACAUUGCUGUUACUGAUAAUGCCAACAAUAAAAUUGGUGUCUUUCUCGGCUAUGGUAAUAGUUCAUUUGAACGUGUUAUUUUCUAUGCAAUAAAAUAUGGAUCUAAUCCAUUUUCUAUUCUUAUGGAUGAUUUUAAUAAUGAUAAAAAAUUAGAUUUUGCUAUAGCAAAUAGUGGAACUGACAAUUUAAAUAUUCUUUUACAAACUUGUUAA